GUCGCUCUAUCUCGUUAUCUCGCGCGUCAAGGUCCUUAUCCUUUGAUCCUUACAUCUAUACCCCCCUCUUUAUCCUUACCCUUUUAUUCCCUUGAUAUAGAUUCAUACAGUAUGGCUAUUCAUCCAAGACUACGACCCCAUGGGUCACAGGGAAGCCUGUCACCACAGCACACUUUGGCUAUCUCCGCAUGGACCGAACAGGCCGCCGCAUCGCUCCAAGAUCUGUCCCUCUCCGAAUCUCGCCCCACCAACGGACCGGUGGCUACGACACCAACACCUUCAGGGCUACGAGGAGCGAGUGUGUCUCUCGCAAUUCCUCUCGACGAUGAACCUCCUUCCCCUUCGCCGCAAGCUAAGGUGGCCAACCCUGCCGCAGAGUCUCGCCCGACCCCAACGGUCAGUUUCCGGCGCCGAGAGCCGCUGCGCAAGGAUGGCAUGAAACGCCGCGAGGCCAUGCUAAAGGGUAAAGAUGGCAGUCGUCGACGACAACGCUGGGAGAAUGAUCGUUUGUUACACAACCCAUGGGCUGAGCCUCCAGCUCCGAGUGACUGGGCCAUUGCGCCAACGUACACACGUCAUGAUCCGAUGCCCUACUAUCUGGCGCCACUCUGGGAGGUACACUAUGCCAGAAUGGCAGACCAUCAUUCGGCCCGCAAGCAUGCGGCCAAGACUGCCAAUGUGAAGCACCGGGUCCCCAAGGAACUCCGGUCUAAAUUGAAACACGCGCGGGCAGCCCGUGGUAUGCUUCAAGAUCUGGAAGACGAUAUUAGACACUUUAUCCAGAAAUGGAAUGAGAAGCAGCAGUACCUCCAGAACGAGGGUCUUCUGGAUGCACCCGAAGAGGAUUCAGAAGACGAGAUUGUCUUUGUUGGCCGCAAUGGACAGAUGCAUGACUCUCCAGAACGGAAGUUGAAGUUGGAACAGAUGUGCCAGGAGCUAAGCUUACACCACGAACGAGAUGGCGAGAAGAUGGUGUUCGAGAGUUUAGUGGAUGACCGUGGGGCUUCGUUCGGACGCUGGCUCGUACACUCCAUCGCCUCCUACUAUGGGUUGCACACUUGGUCCGUUACUGUCGGAUCUCCUGCUCGCCGGGAAGCCUAUGUGGGCGUCCGACCACCAGGUCCUGGCAGUCGAGCUGGGCUCAUCACUCAUCCUUCCUGCCAGUCGGAAUUGAUUCAACCAGGCGAGGAGCUACCCGAGCCUCUCUACGCUCAGGUCUAG